CGUCGGCGCGCCGGCGCGCGGGGUCGAGGGUCAGCCUGAAAGAUGGCGGCGGCGGUGACCUUCCUCAAGCUGCUGGGCCGGGGAGGCGCGGCGGCGCGGAGACUGCCCGGGGCCGCCAGGUGCUUCGGGGUGCGGACCUCGCCCACCGGGGAGAAGGUCACGCACACCGGCCAGGUUUAUGGCAAUAAAGACUACAGGAAAGUUCGAUUUGUGGGUCGUCAGAAAGAGGUGAAUGAGAACUUUGCCAUCGACCUGAUAGCAGAGCAGCCUGUGAGCCAAGUUGAGAGUCGAGUGAUAUCGUGUGACGGUGGGGGAGGCGCCCUGGGCCACCCCAAAGUGUACAUAAACCUGGACAAAGAAACAAAGACGGGGACGUGCGGCUACUGUGGCCUGCAGUUCCGGCAGCCCUGCCACUAGGGCCGCGAGGGCAGCUCGGUGACACGGACUCGUCUCUAGUGCCGAAUAAAGGGUGUUGUUCUCCAG